CUAGAGAAAGUCUCCGGAAGUGCUCUCUAGGGGUCGGCUGCUUGUGAUCCACUCCCGGGUGCGGCCAUAGGUGUAUUGAGGCCUUUUUUCUGAAUUUUGUUUCUUUUGGGAACGGUUCCCGAUCAGUCAUCUUCCCUUGAACCGCUCUCCCCCUUAUCGUCUUCACACAAUUACGUCUGGGCCUGGAGUUCGCGAAACAACACCCAGAGAAAAGUUUGAAGAGGACCUUUCUUUUGAAAAGACCCCAAUUAAAGUAAACUUUCUCCCAAGCUCUUCCAGCUCCAAAUGGCUGUAGAAUCAAGGGAGACAGUAGCCUUAGCUCCUCUGGUGCAGGCUCCAGAGGAAGGUCUUGUGAUAGUAAAAGUGGAGGAGGAAGACCACAACUGGGAACAGGAAUCCAGCUUCCAUGAGGCUAAUCCUCAUGGCCAGGAGGUUUUCCGCCAGCGCUUCAGACAGUUCUGCUACAGGGAAACACUAGGGCCUCGUGAAGCUUUGAUCCAGCUUCGAGCCCUUUGUCAUCAGUGGCUAAGACCAGAUUUGCACACAAAGGAGCAGAUCUUGGAACUGUUGGUGCUAGAGCAGUUUCUGUCCAUCCUUCCUGGGGAACUUCAGACCUUGGUGCAGGAACAUCAUCUAGAAAGUGGAGAGGAGGUGGUAACUGUGUUGGAGGAUUUGGAGAGACAUAUUAAUAUACUAGGACAAGAGGUCCCAGCUCAUGCCAGUGGAAUGCCCUGGGAAGAUAGAACAACUCUGGGAGCAGCACAAGAGCCACCAAAUAUUCAACCACAGCCUAUGGGGCUCAAAUGUGACUCUUCAGAUCCCCAGAUUCUGCAAGAAAGAGGUCCUGCUUUGUCCCAGAAAGGAAGCCCACGAGACCAGGAGAUGGCAGCUGCACUUCUCACAGCUGGGUUCCAGACUUUGGUGAAGAUUGAGGACAUGGCAGUAUCUCUUAUCCAGGAGGAGUGGGGACUUCUUGAUCCAGCACAGAAAGACCUUUGUAAUGAUGGCAGGCCAGAGAAUUAUGGCCACGUGUACUCCCUGGGUGGUGAGACUAGGAGUGAGAACAGGGAUUUAACUCAGAACCAGUUACCAUCUGCUGAAAUGGAACCACAUGGAGAGAGAACUGCCAAACAUAAUGGGAAUGUUCCUGAGAGUGUUGACCAUGGACAAGCUGGUGAAUGUACAGGCAGAGUAGACAGAAGGCGAGGAAACCCUACUGGAGAGAGACGUCAUAAAUGUGAGGAAUGUGGGAAGAGCUUUGCCCAAAGCUCAGGCCUUGUACGACAUUGGAGAAUCCACACUGGGGAAAAGCCUUAUCAAUGUAAUGUGUGUGGGAAAGCCUUCAGUUACAGGUCAGCCCUUCUUUCACAUCAGGAUAUCCACAACAAAGUAAAACGCUAUCAUUGUAAGGAGUGUGGGAAAGCCUUUAGUCAGAACACAGGACUUAUUCUACAUCAGAGAAUCCAUACUGGAGAAAAGCCCUAUGAAUGUAAUCAGUGUGGAAAGGCUUUUAGUCAGAGUGCAGGCCUAAUUUUGCAUCAGAGAAUCCACAGUGGGGAGAAACCCUAUGAAUGUAAUGAGUGUGGGAAAGCUUUUAGUCAUAGUUCUCACCUUAUUGGACAUCAGAGAAUCCAUACUGGGGAGAAACCCUAUGAAUGUGAUGAGUGUGGAAAAACUUUCAGGAGGAGCUCACACCUCAUUGGCCAUCAGAGAAGCCACACUGGGGAAAAACCUUACAAAUGUGGUGAAUGUGGGAGAGCUUUCAGUCAGAAGUCAGGCCUCAUUGAACAUCAAAGAAUCCACACAGGAGAGAGGCCCUAUAAAUGUAAAGAAUGUGGGAAAGCUUUCAAUGGGAAUACAGGCCUUAUUCAACAUCUGAGAAUCCACACAGGUGAGAAACCUUAUCAGUGUAGUGCAUGUGGGAAGGCCUUUAUUCAGAGAUCAAGUCUUAUUCGACAUCAAAGAAUACACAGUGGAGAAAAAUCUGAAGCCACAUAAUAUAUGAAAGCUUUCAAUCCCAAUUCAGGCAUUAUUCAACAUUAGAGGAAUUAGAUACCCUCUCUCAGAGCCUAGAAAUGUGCUUUGCAACUAGUAGGUGCUUAAUAAAUGUUUGUUGAAUUUGAAUUGAAAAUUACACUGGAGACAGUCCCCAUCAUUGUAGAAAAUGAGUGAAGUUAGUCACCAUAAUAACCUUAUCUAGUAUCAUAGAAUCCACAUGGUAUAGCCAUAUUAUACUAGCUCUUCAGAGCAAAUUGGGCAAAAUUUACUGAUAUUUUGGCCCAUUACCUAAUGGAAUAGAAUUUUUAAAUUGCCUAUUUAACCUCUGAAAUUGAAAAAUGUAUUUGAAUAAGCUGCUUAUUUACCACCCAAGGAAUUUAACUGUGGUUCUAGUUAAAUGGCUAUGGAUUUGAGAGCUGCUACUACUCCUUUCACCACUGCAUUUUGUAUUUCUCAUUGUUUUCCUUCAGUUAUUCUUCCUUGAAAUUACUGUCAUGUCCCUAAUUAGAUGUAUAGUACUACCUUAGGAUAUCAUGAGGCCUCAUAAAAAACUUUAAGCUUUAUAAAGACAUAGGAAAACUUUGAAAAAUAUUUAACCUUAUCAUGUUAAUAUAACCACAUUUUAUUGUAAAUGCCUCUGUGAUUGUGAAUUCUUUAUUGCUAUUUGAAUUCAGAAUGCUAUAUUUUAAAAACCUCACUGAAAGUGUCUUUCUUUUUGUCAUGUCAUUUUAUUAACUUCUGUGGAUACACAGACAGUCUUUACUUUUGAUGAAAUUGUCAAAGGAAUAAAAGUUAAGUGAUGAUAAAAUAGAGAAAAUGAGCAGAAACUUUUGCCUAGCUUUUCUGUCAAAGUUCAGAUGACUGCAUUUUAUAGCUCCUCUUACUUUGUUCACUACCUAAUCAAUACUGUGUAUUAAUUCUAAGGCAGAAGAACAGUAAGGGCUAGGCAAUGGGGGUUAAACUGACUUGCCAAGGUCACACAGGUAGGAAGUGUCUGAGGCCAGAUUUAAACCUAGGACUUCCUAUCUCUAAGCCUGGCUUUCAAUCCACUGAGCCACCUAUCUGCCCCUUCCCCUCUUCUCCCUCCCCCCCAAUAAGCUCAGUUAUAAAGAUUCUUUCUCUCUUGGACUAUAUUGACCACCAUCUCAACUCUAUGUCAGAAAGACCAGCCACUAAGGACAUGCUAUGGACUUCAUGAUCAUAAAUUACUACUCUAUCUCUUAAGUUUUCAGGAUAUAAGAUGUGAAUAUAAAGUAAUGAGGUUGAUAUUAUAAAUUACCAUUACCAGAACUCAGGAAGCCAUAUGCUUUUUCCAGUGAUAAUGUCAUUCCUUGAGAUUUCCUUGAAACUUCUCAUUUGUAGUUAGUUUUAGAGCCAGUUUAAAAGUCAUGAAAGAAAUGUAUGCCUAUUACUUAAUAUUUGUACCUUAAAUUUUUUCUAAAAUUAUAUUUUCCAAUUUGAUAAUUUUAUUACCAGUAGCUUGGACACAGACUGCUUUUUGUUGUUUAAAAAAAAAAACCAACAGAUACCAUCAAUCCUUUAAAAGAUCAAAGAUUUUCUGCCUGUGAGAAUACUUUAAAAAAUAUGAUAUAGAAUCUGACUGUAACUUCAGUUGAAUCUCAGAAAUAUUUUGAACACUUACUUGGUUGGAAUGAUUAUAUUCUCCUCAUGGUACUACUUUGAAAGGAGAACAGCCUCUUGGAAGUAUGGAUUCCUACAGGUUUUUGAGAGGCAGUGUAGAAUAGCAUAUAGAAUGUUAGAUGUGGAACCAGGAAAACUUAGCUUCAGAUCUUGCCUCUGACAUUAACUUUGUGACGCUGAGGAAGUCACAAGCAAUUAUAUGUGAUUCAGUCAAUUCCCUAGGACUUAGCUACUAUAUCAUAAAUGGGUUGUAAUAUGUGGUAAUGGAAGAGUUUCCAAACAUAUAAUUCCCUACCUAUGUUGACAAAAUCAGAUUCUCAUGUAUAUUUGCUUUUUUGAAUCUCAUUAUAUGUUAUAAUGGAUCAACCCUCCAUCCUUUUGCCUUCCCUCCACAUACCCCCAAUACCAAAAUUUCCUUCCCUAUGACAUCUUCCUGGCACCCUUCCUUAAUUAAAUUUCCUCUCACCAAACUUUGAAUAGUAUAUUCAGUUGCUCAGCUCAUGAUUCUUAUCUUUGUUACCCUGGCCCCUAUCCAGUAGUCAUCCAGAACCUCAUUGUGAAAUACUCCAGCACUGCCCCUUUCUCUUAGUCUGUUGUCAUACUAAUGCUAGUCCCACAUUGAGCUUAUCUACAGUCAUAAAUAAUCCCUUUGCCCACUUCUAAUACUCCUUUAAACAUACCUGUUAUCUAAUUGUUUAAAAAAAUCCCAGAACCAAACCACCUUAACCUACAACAGAUACUUAUUCUUCUGCCUUAGUUUUUUAAGAUACAGCUUUUGUUUAGGACAUGUUUUGUGCAGAUAUAUGUAUGAGCACAUACACAAACACACACAUUUUCCUUAAGGGUGAGAUUUCUGAUGGACAGUAAAAACAUCUGUGAUGUCCAUUAUCCCUCCCCUUUUCAUUUAUUCAACAGAUAUUAACAAUGUGCCUUCUGUAAAGAGAGCUCUGUACUAGGUUCUAGGGGGAGAUAAAAAAAACAAAGUUUAGAAAACAGUACUUGCCUUCAUGGAGCUUACAUUCUAAAAUGUUACAGUUAAUAAUUACGGAAUUUUAGAUUUGGAAAAGACCUAGGGGCAUCUUCUUUGAUCUAUACUCAACCAAGAAUGCUUUCUAAAAUAUCCCCAACAAGUGAUUAUCCAAUUAUCUACUUGAUAUCUACUAGUCAGAGGGUAAUAUACCUCUUCAGACAGGCACUCCACUUUUAGAUAGUUUUAAUUGGUAGGAAGCUUUUUCUUGUUGCAAUCAUAAAUCUACAGAUUCUAACCAUUGCCAUAGUUAUCCCACUGAGAUCAAGCAGAAAAUGUCUAAUGAAUUUCAUGUAGCAGGCCUUCAAAUACUUGAAGAUAAUUAUCAUGGUCUUUGAAAGAUUACUAACAUGACUUUUCAAUCAUAUCUGGCAGUUUUUUCCAGUUAUUUGAAAUAGAUGACUUGACGUCAGAGCAGCCAGAAGCUCUCUCAUUGUAUUUUUACCUUGGAUGCCAAAUCUUUAUUAGGCAUUCUGUCUUUAUUCUCUUCAACAGAGAAAAUAGCAGGAAAAUCAGAAUUAAAUAAAUUUAUCCUUUCCAUUCUUUUUCAUCAUCUAGUCCAUUCUAAGACUAGGCCUCUCCCCCCUUGAUUCCACAACAAAACUCAAAAGUAUUUUAUUUCCUAACUAGCUACAGUUCAUUCUGAGCUUUAGUCCUCCAUACAUUAUGUUUAUAGUGUCAUGGCGUUUUUUAAUUCAUCUUGUUUUCCAUCAGAGCUAGUCUACAUUUGCCUCUUUAGGCUUCUAUUACUCCUUGAUGUUAUUUUUGUGUGUGUGUGUCUUUAGAAUUUCCCAUCCCUUUUAGGUGUAUCCUGUCAAAUCUGGACCAUGGGAUCUUUUCUCUUUGAACUUUUCAAAAUCUAGAGGUCAUUUUAAACUUCUCACCUAACGUCUUUGUUAUCAUGAAUUCUAAAAUGCUUCUCAGUGUUUUGGUUUUGGUCAGAAUCAGGUCCAAAAGAGCAGUCCCAGCCUCUGUGUCUCUUUCUCUUCCCCACUCCCACUGCCACUUCUAGAAGGAUGAAUGCCAAAGCAAAAAUUUAUUUGGGCAAUGAGAAAACUCCAACAGAUAGUCCUGAACCCCACUAUAUUAUGUGCCUGUAUUCUCUUUCCUGAACUCCUUAUCUAUUUUCUCAAUCUGUCCAGGUGGUCUGUAAUAUACUUCCAUCACAGGAUUGCUGCUGUUUCUCUCUCUGCUGACCUUCACCCAGAUGCUCUCAAGCUAUCCCAUUCUGAUUUCUGGAGUUCAAUAUCAAUAUGGAAAAGAUAUACUUGUAUGAGACAAGUAUAUCUUUUUCAUAUUUGUAUUUUUCUAAUCUCCUUUUAAUCUUUUUUUUUCCUUUUAAGUAAGGCAUUCUAGAACCAUAGUUCAGCCACUGGCCUCAGGCCAUACAAAUUUUUCAUUAGGCUCUCUAAGUGAUCUUGUUUAUUAUCCCUAGCUUGAGACCAUACAUUUUGCUUUCUGUGAAUUAUUCUUCCUGUGUUGUAGUUGCUGCCCCUUUUGGUUCCUUGUUUUAGAGUUUAAACCGUUUUCUCCCUCCCUUUUUAAAAGUCAAAUCUCUUACUCAACCACCAACAGUCAUGAAGAGUUUUUCCAAAACCUCAAAAGAGGUUUUCCAAAACCAUGUUAUUUUGUUAAACAAUAUAAAGAAAUCAUAAUAUUUUAGAGCUGGAAGGGAUAGAUUAUCUAUUCCAAAUCCGUCAUUUUACAAGUGAGGAAUCUGAGAUCUACAAAGGUUAAGUGCCUUGCCACCUAACAAAAUACAUUUUCCUGCUUCAUUUUUAGGAUAAGUCUUGGGUCUUUGUGGAGAUGGGGUGAAAAAAAAGAAGGCUUUGUCAUUUUGUGUUUCUCCAUUAAGGGAAUGGGAUUUAGGAGAGUAACUUCAUAAAUAAAUCAGUUACCUUAAAGCAAUCUGAUGUUUCUUUCAGUUAAAGGGAAGUGAAAUGUGUUGAGCAAAGAAUGAAUAUGGAAAUUUUAUGUCUCAACAUAAGAGAUAAAAAAAAUAAUAGAAAAAAUAGACAAAAGGUCCAGAAAUACACCUAUCCACUGGGUAAAAUAUGAUGACACAUCUCUUCAUCUGGAUGCUUCUUCCAACUACAAUCUUAUUUCCUUUCUAUCCUUCCUGGAAUGAAGUAAACAAGCAUUUAUUAAAUGACUUUGCUACAUGUUUUACAAAUAGAUAUUUGAUCCUCAAAACAACUCUGAGAAGUAGGUGCUAUUAUUAUCCCCUAUUUACAGUUGAAGAAACUUAAUUGAACACAUGUUAAGUGACUUGCUCAGUAUCAUAGAACCAGUAAGUAUCUGAGGUGAAAUUUCAGCAAGUCUUCCUGAAUGCCCAACAUUCUUUCUAUUGUUUCACUUAGUUGCCUCCUCAAAUUGGUGAUAACCCCAUUUCUUUGCCACCCUUUCUGCCUUCUCAAAUGAGUUAUCUAUUUCUCUUUCCAUUUUUUAACUAGAUUCUAAAACUGUAGCUUCUGUUCUUGUUAUAUAGGUAAAGUCCUUUUUAUGAUCACCAUGUCCUGACCAAACCAAAAUAUCUCCUUCUAGUUUUCAUAUUUCUUUGAAUAUGACCACCUGGUCUUUAAAAUUUUUUCUGUGACUAUAUUUCCAUUUUUCUUCUAAUGUAUUCCUGUCUUUUACAUGAGUCUUUCUCACAAACUUCUCUUUUUUCCAAACUUUUGAACUCUGGGUAUCAGGGCUUAAUUUUUGAGCUGCCAUUCUUUUCUCUCUACACCUAUUUCUUCAGGGACAUCUCUCUCCAGUAUUACUUUUCUAGUUGCCUAAUACACAGUCACAAGGGGAUAUACUUAACAUAGGCACUUGAAAUUUGAUAUAUUAAAAUGAAAACUGAAUUGAUCUCUGUCCCUCUCACUUCUCUUUUUUCCCCAAUUAGUCAUUGCCUCAAUUUCUCCAUACCCUGAGCAGAUUCAUUACCCUCUAAAUCAACUAAUAUCUCAAUGUUAUAAUUCUUUUGAACUCUUUUCUUUUCUCUAAUGCCUGGUACUUAAAAUUAUUAUUUAACAAUAUUUCUUAGACUUUAGUCUACAUUUUCACAGCUCUCCCCACAUCAAACUGGCCCAUUAUCAUGAAUUAUUUAAAGUCUCUUAGAUGCUUUCCUUGUUUAUUGUUUUCCUCCAUCAAUCAGUCUAUUAAAUAUUAUUUUCAUGACUUCUUUUUCCUCGGGAACCUAUAGAUUUAAUCUAAACUUAGCCUGCCCCUCCAGGCCCUCCAUCAGUUUGCAGUUCAGAUGUAGCUAAACUCAUUUUUCUUUACUCUUUGCUUCCAGGUAGUUCAGACUUUUAAACUAUCUUCUAUAUGGUCAUUUGUCUUUUUUUUUAUUAAAACUUUGUUCAUCUUGUUUUUCUUGCUUUGGGAUUGCUCUAGCCUACAAUCUUUCCAUUUCCAUUACUUAUUUUAAGAUGGAGCUCAAAUUAUCUAUUCCGUUGGCUUUCCAUAAUUAAUUUCACAUUGCUUACCUUGAUCACUCAUAGUUUAUAUUUUGUUAUCUUUUACUUCCCAAAUGAUAAAAGUUAGCUGGUACUAUAGAUUUACUUUGUAUGUGUAGUCUUACAGCUAGAUUGUAAGCUCCUUGCGGGCAGGGGAUAGUGUCUUUUACUUUUGUAUCCUAUAGUGCCUCGUACAGUGCUGAGCACAUGGUAGGAAUUUAAUAAAUGUUUGUUAAAUGAAAGUAUUUAUUAUUUGCUAUAUAGAUUAUCUGCAGUGAAUUUUUAAGUGGACUUCUGUUCCCUUGCUACCCCCAUUAAAAUUACUUCUUGAAUAGCUUUACCUGCCUCUUAGUAUGUGCUCAUAGAGUACAUAGAAGCUAAUCUUUUAAGGCAUGACUGAAUAAGUUAAUAUAUCUACCAUUAUUAAUAAGACCAAAUAAUUAGUCAGUUGUUACUCUAGGGAAGGAAUACAAUAAUAUAGGAUAAAGGAAUACAAAAUCACAAGCUUCCUUCCUGUGAGUAAUUUAUCUACUCACUGGAAUUAUUUUGGGGUUAAGAAAGGAAAAAGAAAUAUCUAAUCCCACAGUAAUUGCUUAUCCACUUUUGCUUAAAUUAGGAAUGCUAAGGAACUUGGGAAUGUAGAGUUGUUAGACCUUAGGCUAGAGGUAUACAAAAAAAGUAAAAGUAAUUGCUUUUAGAAAAAAUAUAUAUAUAUUCUUGGUUUUAAUGGUGUAUUGUAUAUGCAUGUGGUCUGUAAGAUUUUAUAAGUAAACGGCCCUUUGUUUGGAUUCACUCAUUAGUGUGUAUGUCAAGGUAACAAUGGAACUAGAUAUAAUAAACUUGAUUUUUCUUUAAUCCUGAA